AAACUUUUUUACUCUGUACUCUCUGUGUAGUACAGUACAUAUAAUACAUUUUCCAAAACCAAAAACCCUACCAACUCUCACUCAAAUCCCCAAAAUGAACUCCCUCAGCCUCGCCGGACCUCAAAACCUCCACGGCGCCGCCGCCGUCAAAUUCUCCCCUUCCCGUACUCAGCCGACUCCGAAAUUUUCGCCGUUCACCGUCAACAUGUCACUCCAAAAAGACGCCCCCUCCAUCGCCGUCGUCGGCGUCACCGGCGCCGUCGGCCAAGAAUUCCUCUCCGUCCUCUCCGACCGCAACUUCCCUUACUCCUCCAUCAAAAUGCUCGCCUCCAAGCGCUCCGCCGGCAAAAAAUUCACCUUCGAGGGCGUCGAAUACGUCGUGGAAGAGCUCACCGAGGACUCCUUCUCCGGCGUCGACAUCGCGCUGUUCAGUGCCGGUGGGGGUAUUAGUAAGAAAUUGGGGCCAAUUGCCGCGAAAUGUGGGACCGUUGUGGUGGAUAAUAGCUCGGCUUUUCGGAUGGAUGAGAAUGUCCCUUUGGUGAUUCCGGAAGUUAAUCCGGAAGCAAUGAGGGAUAUUAAGUUGGGGAAGGGUGCGAUCAUCGCAAACCCGAAUUGCUCCACUAUCAUUUGCUUGAUGGCUGUUACGCCUCUUCAUAAAAGAGCUAAGGUAUUACGUAUGGUUGUUAGCACGUACCAGGCAGCUAGUGGUGCUGGUGCGGCAGCAAUGGACGAACUUGUGCAGCAGACUCGUGAGGUCCUUGAAGGAAAACAACCAACUUGUAACAUCUUUAAGCGACAGUAUGCUUUUAAUUUGUUCUCCCACAAUGCACCUGUUCUUUCGAAUGGUUAUAAUGAGGAGGAAAUGAAGUUGGUAAAGGAAACCAGGAAAAUUUGGAAUGACACGGAUAUUAAAGUGACAGCCACUUGUAUACGCGUCCCUGUUAUGCGUGCACAUGCUGAGAGUAUAAACCUUCAAUUCGAGAAUCCCCUGGACGAGGAUACAGCAAGAGAGAUUCUGAAGAAUGCCCCUGGAGUGGUAAUUAUUGAUGACCGAGCAUCCAAUAACUUUCCUACACCAUUAGAAGUUUCAAACAAGGAUGCUGUAGCAGUUGGCCGAAUACGCAGGGAUGUCUCUCAGGAAGGCAACUAUGGGUUGGACAUUUUUGUUUGCGGUGAUCAAAUACGCAAAGGAGCAGCUCUAAAUGCUGUCCAGAUUGCAGAGUUGCUUUUAUAGUUGACUUUCUUUGCCAGUUUCAUUUAGUGCAAGAUUAUACUAUCUCACAAGCAGGGAGCUGAAGAUUGCAUAGAGACAUGCUUGCUUUUGGUAUUUGCGGAGGCCCAAAGGCCCUCGGGGGUGGUUUGUUUUACAAAUAUAUUUCUCAAUGUUCUGUAUGGAAUUCACCACAAAGGUGAAGUAUGUUGCCAUUAUUUGGAGCUUUAAACAAAUUUUACAAAUCCUUGUCGACAAGCCUAAGAAAGAUAGGGGACUUCUCUUUUGUUGAGUAGCAUGUGCCUGAAUAAAACUAGUAAAAAUAUUUUUGGAGGUAGUGAUUGAGCCUUUAUCUGGGCAUGAGAUUAUUGGUUUA